UACAUUAUUGAAGGGUAACUUGAUCAAAUUUAGGAUGAAAAUAUUUUAAGAAGUGAAAAUUUUGCUAUAUUCUAAGAACUUUAUGUUAUUUGUGAUAUAUUAUUCUUUUCAUUUGGAUGUAAGGAAGUAAAUAAUGAUAGGAACAAAACCAUAUAUGAAACUUUAGGCCUGCGGUUUGCAAUUUCGACAAGCAAGUUGGUCGAAGCCGGAGCGAAGCUCUGUUUCUCUUUUCCCUUUUUUUCUACACCUUUGUGGUUAGUUAUUCCACCAUUUUUUGUUUCCCACCUUACCUCUUUUUGUUUUAGUCGAAACGAAGUGGGUUUCUGUUCUUAGGCAUUGCUUCUGCUUGUGGGUGUGAUUUUGUAUUCAAUUCACUCUCUCUGCCUCUGUUUUCUGAGCUAGGUUUUGAUUCUGAUGGAUGUGAACGGCAACAAACCUAUGAAAGUCGUUCGAAGAAGUUCGUCUCAGAAGGAAGGUGAAAAUGCAGGCCAAGUUGUGGUUGAUAUUAGCACUAGCAGCGUUGUGUUUCCGAAAGAAACCAGAGAUGAAAAUAACUACUCUGUACUGAACCAAAACAGAGUCGAUUCACAGAACAAAGAGUCGACUGGUUCGAGCAUUGACCAUGGCUACGAUUCACAUCGUCCUCCCACUGCUAAUCAGCCCUUGAAAAUUCCCAGUUCAAAUAGACCCCCCAUGCCCAGAAGAUCUCUCAAAAGAUCAAUUCUAUCGAGACCCAAAUCCAGAUUUGGGGAACAGCCACGUCACAUCGAUUCAGAAGAUAUGUUUGAGGAGAAUCAUGAGUCGUUGAGAGAACAAAUCGGUGCAACUUCAUCCAGAACCUCUGCUCCUAACACCCCGAAGGCUCAACCUGAGGAAGAAGAUGAAGAGGAUAUCGUUAAGACAGAGCAGUUGAACAAAAAGCACAAGAAAUGGAAGGUGAAGACAAUGAUUAAGUGGGUUGUAGUUUUUUGCCCAACUGGAUGCUUGGUGGCUAGCUUAACCGUUAACCGUUUGAAGAAUUGUUUCUUUUUGGGUUUGGAGGUUUGGAAAUGGUGUUUACUUGCUACUGUGAUUUUUUGUGGAUUGAUAUUUAUUCGUUGGGCUACGAAUGUGGCCGUCAGUUUGAUUGAGGGAAACUGUUUGCUAAAGAAAAAAGUGCUUUAUUUUGUUCAUGGGUUGAAGAAGAGUGUCCAAACGACCCUUUGGUUGGCAUCGGUUCUUAGCACAUGGGAGCCGUUGUUCAAUCAGAGUAACCAUAGGAGUUCAAGAACCACUGGGAGGAUUCUGGAUGCUAUUACAUGGACUCUUGUUGCUCUUCUUAUAGGGUCAUUCCUAUGGUUGAUAAAAACAUUGUUGUUGAAAAUACUGGCAUCCAAGUUCCAUAAGGAUCGAUUUUUCGACAGAAUUCAGGAAUCCAUUUUCCAUCAUCAUGUUCUACAAACCCUCUUGGGGUCUCCACUAAUGGAGGGAGCUGAAAGUGCUGCCAAGUUCAGCCGUUGUCUAUUUAGUUUGGAGAGUAAUAAAUCAGACCAUAAGAAGUUAAUUGACAUGGGAAAGAUUCACCAGCUGCAGCGAGAGAAGGUUUCAGCUUGGACAAUGAAGGUGUUGGUUGAGGCAGUUUCAAGUUCCGCGAUGUCAAUCUCACAAAUACUUGAUGAAAGUUACUAUAAUGUUGGCGAUGGCGAGAUUGACCAUGAAAUGGAAAUUGCCAGUGUCGUUGCCUCCAAGAUCCUUAGAAAUGUUGCUCUUCCUGGAAAAAAGUUCAUACAGGAAGAGGAUCUUCAGAAAUUCCUGGUCAAAGAAGAAAUUGAUUUUGUGUUACCACACUUUGAGGUAGAUGAGACAAGGAGAAUUGGCAAGAAAGCUCUCAAAAAAUGGGUGGUGAAGGUUUAUCAAGAGAGAAAAACUCUAGCACAUGCCUUGAAAGACACUAAAACUGCUGUGAAGCAAUUGAAUAAUUUGGUAACAGCGGUUGUUAUAAUAGUAAUGACUGUUAUUUGGCUUCUGUUGAUGGAAAUUGCUACAUCCAAAGUCCUCGUUUUCCUUCUAUCUCAACUUGCAGUGGCAGCUUUCAUGUUCGGAAAUGCUUGCAAGACUACAUUUGAAGCUCUAAUCUUUGUGUUUGUUAUGCACCCAUUUGAUGUCGGGGACCGUUGUGUUGUCGAUGGGGUCCAGCUGUUGGUUGAAGAAAUGAACAUCUUAACGACAGUCUUCUUGAAACUAAACAAUGAGAAGGUGUAUUAUCCCAACUCAGUCUUGGCAACAAAGCCCAUCAGUAACUACUACAGAAGUCCAGACAUGAGCGAGACCACCGAAUUCUCAAUCAGUUUCGCAACACCACUAGAGAGGAUUGGAGCCAUGAAAGAAAAAAUAAAGAGUUAUUUGGAGAAAAAUCCACAACACUGGCGUCCAAAUCAUCUUUUGGUGGUGAGAGAGAUUGAAAACGUGAAUGAGAUAAAGAUUGCUCUUUUUUCUACCCACACCAUGAAUUAUCAAGAAUAUGGUGAGAAGCUCAAACGAAGAUCCGAGCUCGUGAUGGAGUUGAAGAGAAUUUUUGAAGAACUGAAUAUCAACUACAAUCUUCCACCUCAAACAAUUCAUCUCUUUCCAGUUGAAGCGCACUAAAGUGCAGAGAAGACCUUCAAACUUUUGAUACCUUUGACAAAUAAAUGGUUAGCUUCUUUUAGCUGCUUUGUUAACUUAGGCAAAGCUACUAAUUCGAAAAUAUAACUUAUAAGACCGUUGUAGUAUGAUACUCAUAUUAAUAAUGUUUGGCUUUGUAAUUAAUUGAUAUAAUAUAAAGAAUGAUUAUUACAAUGAGCCUA